GCCAUAAUGAAUGUGGCAUGUCUGUCCUGUAAACUCAUAGACAUACAGAAAUCUUUCUUAUUAAUGGUUUCGUCCGUCCAUAUGGAAACCCUUUCAACAACAUAAUGGUACGGUCGACGUACGCACGCGCGAAAGUUUUGUAACUGCAAUGGCGUCCAAAGCAGGUCGUCGAGGGACGAAGCGCAAAGCUGCGGAGGUGGAGCAACCAUCCACAGAAGAGAAGAAGGACCGAGCAGGAGAGGAGGAGACCGGCCAGGAAGGUCCAAGGGUGGUUAUUGAACACUGUAAAAGCUGACGAGUGUAUGGGCGUAAUGCUGAGGAGGUGAAGUCAGCCCUCCUGGCAGCCCGCCCUGGACUGACUGUGGUCCUCAACCCUGAGAAACCACGCAGGAACAGCUUUGAGGUUACUCUGCUGGAUGGAGGCAAAGAAACAUCCCUGUGGACUGGAAUAAAGAAGGGUCCACCUCGUAAACUGAAGUUUCCUCAACCAGAUGUUGUAGUUGCUGCCCUGCAAGAGGCUGUGGAGGUGGAGACCAAGUGAAGCUGAGCUUUCAGGAGAUGUGGCCAGUCGAAGCAGAAUGAUGAGGAGAGACCAAGGAGACAAGUUCUCAGUCCCUCCUCUGAUGAGCCAGGCUUCAAGUGCUGACAUCUUCUGGAUACACGGCGCCACCUGGUGGAGCAUCUCUGAUAUACAUUCCUCAGAUGCACAGUCUUGCGUCUUCGUUUCAUUUGUUUUUUCCUCGGUUUCUCUCUCUCUUUUUUUUUUUUUGUUUUGUUUUGUUUGUGAUAUUAUCACUGAUUUGUUCAAUAAAGACAUUGAAAGUU